AUGGGACUAUCUGAAGGGCCAUCCGCUGGCUGGAGGUACAUGGAAGCAGAGAUGCCGGCUGGUUCCCAGCCCAAUGAGAAGAGCUGGGGGUGGAGGCCUGGAGAUGGGGGCGUGGCCCCUUCACCCCUCCCCCCAGCCCUGUCCCUCCUCCUCCUCCUGCCACUGGCCAGCGCCCUCCAGGCCACUCCAAGGACUUUCUCAGAGCUGAGGCUGGUGGGGGGCCCGAGCCGCUGCCGGGGGCGCCUGGAGGUCCUGCACAGUGGCUCCUGGGGCAGUGUCUGUGACGAUGACUGGGACGUGGUGGAUGCCAAUGUGGUGUGUCGUCAGCUGGGCUGUGGCCUGGCGCUGCCUGUGCCGCGGCCCCUUGCUUUUGGCCAGGGCCGGGGGCCCAUCCUGCUGGACAACGUGGAGUGCCGUGGGCAGGAGACCAUGCUGAGCGAGUGUGGCAGCCGGGGCUGGGGCGUGCACAACUGCUUUCACUAUGAGGACGUUGCUGUCCUGUGCGAUGAAUUCUUGCUGACACAGUCCCCAACAAGGAAGGUGCUAAGCAGUAGAGCGCCCCCUACAACUCCUCAGAAUGGGAAAGGUGAGGGCAGCGUGCGCCUGGUGGGGGGCGCGGGCCCUUGUCAGGGCCGAGUGGAGAUCCUGCACGGCGGCCUGUGGGGCACGGUGUGUGACGAUGACUGGGGGCUGCCGGACGCCGCUGUGGUCUGCCGCCAGCUAGGCUGCGGGGCGGCCUUGGCCGCCACCACCAACGCCUUCUUCGGCUUUGGCACGGGGCACAUCCUGCUGGACAACGUGCACUGUGAAGGCGGCGAACCCCGCCUGGCAGCUUGCCCGAGCCUGGGCUGGGGCGUGCACAACUGUGGUCACCAUGAAGACGCGGGCGCGCUCUGUGCAGUCCUGGGUCCCACAACUCUCACAGCACUGCCACCCUUGGCCACAAGAGCAGAUGGGGCCUGGCACACUGAGCCAUCAGGUACCAGAGUUGGUGCCCAGUCUUCUGGGGCGUCGGCUCUGUCCACCACACCCACCUGGGCUGCGGGGAAGAGAAGCGGGCGGCUGCGGCUGGUGGGCGGCCCGGGCCCGUGCCGUGGCCGCGUGGAGGUGCUGUACGCCGGGGGUUGGGGCACCGUGUGCGACGAUGACUGGGACUUCGCGGACGCGCGCGUGGCUUGCCGCGAGGCGGGUUGCGGACCUGCGCUGGGCGCUACGGGUCUCGGUCACUUCGGCUACGGCCGCGGCCCGGUGUUGCUGGACAAUGUGGGCUGUGUGGGUACCGAAGCCCGCCUGAGCGACUGCUUCCACCUGGGCUGGGGGCAGCACAACUGCGGUCACCACGAGGACGCGGGCGCUCUCUGCGCAGGCCCAGAGGAAGUGGGACUGCAGGUCCAGCAGGACGGCUCUGAGACCACUCGGGUGCCCACUCCUCGACCCAGGGAUGGACACCUACGUCUGGUCAGUGGAGCCCACCGAUGUGAGGGGCGUGUAGAGCUCUUCCUAGGGCAACGGUGGGGCACAGUUUGUGAUGAUGCCUGGGACCUGCGGGCAGCUGGUGUCCUGUGCCGUCAGCUGGGCUGUGGCCCAGCUCUGGCAGCCCUUGGUGAGGCCCACUUUGGCCAAGGUCGAGGCCCCAUCCUUCUGGACAACGUCAAGUGCCGUGGGGAUGAGAGCACCCUACUGCUCUGCUCUCACAUUCGCUGGGAUGCCCACAACUGUGACCACAGUGAGGAUGCCAGUGUCCUGUGCCGGCCCUUGUGACCAGCUGGCUCGACAGAUCACCUCUUCUUCCGGGAGCCUACUGUAACCUGUCUCUCUUCCUCCAGGAAGCUUUCCUCCAGUGACUUCUGCAGUUCUCCCUGCCCCUCCCUCCCCUGCUUGGGAGAAAGUCUGCCCAGAGGGGAAGUCCUGCCUAGGGGAACCUGGCUCUGUCCCCAUCAACUUCUUGGGUGACCUCGAUCUGUCAUCAACUAUUGCAGUCCAGUGCAGUGAACACAUCCAUGUUUUGUUUAGCCAAAACAGAAAAUGGCAGGGGUGGGAUUGGGGACUCUAGAGUCUUCUCUUCAUAGGAACUCCUAUUACAGUACUAUUGACCCUGCCUCCUUCUACCUGGAUCCAGAAGGCUCAGGGUUCCUCUGUAAAUGGGAUGCCUUCCCUUCCCUUCCCUGACCUAUCUGGGGAUCCCUAAGCAGGGGAGACAGGAGGCACAUGCAGCUCUUUCCUUAGACUCCCAGGGGCUGCAGAAAAACCUGGGUCAUUGCCUGACCUUCUCCAUGAAGGCCUGGAUUUAGAUGGUGCUCGGCUGGACAAGGGGGCUGGAGGGGCCAAAGCAGGGACAGUGGCUCCUCCCUGCAGCUGGAACCAGCAGCUCUGAUUUAUGCUGCCCCCGCCACAGCCUCCACUUUGCAGUAGCAAAGAAGCCUGGGGGCCUGUAGCCACCAGUUCAUAGGUGCCAACUCAAUAAAGCAUUG